GGGGUCGGGGGGGCACAGCCAUGGGGCGUGGCGGGGGGUCUGCAGGGCUGUCACUGCUGCUUCCCUCUCCUCUGCAGAACAAGUCCCGCUUCCAUGCAGGCAGGAGCCGCCGCAGAGGCCGGCCAGGGCUGGGGGCAGACCCAGCGGAGCAGGAGGAGGCCGUGCUGCUGGGCCAGGAGAGCCCCGAGGCGCGGAUGGAGCUGCUGAGGGACCCGCACAGCCCCUGGGCCCUGCUGCCAGCCUGCAGCCCCCAGGACCAGCACCUGCGGGAAAUGGCCGUGCUGGCGCCUGAGCUCGUCCGCGGCUCCAGCAUCUUCCAGGUCCUCCGGUCCCUGCGGAUCGUUGGCAAGGGUGUGGAGGAGGUCGAUGAGGGUCUGUUGCAGCUGGAGCAGCUGGAGGAGCUCAUCCUCAGUGCCAACUACAUCAGCAGGAUAAGUUCAGUCAACCUGCCCCGGACGCUGAAGGUCCUGGAGCUCUGCUGCAACGCUGUGGCUGAUCUGCAGGACCUGUGCGCUCAGCCUCCUCCGGAGCUGCAGCACUUGGGGCUGGGAUACAACAGGCUGUGUGGCCCUUUGCAGGACGAGUACCUCACUGCAAACUUCUGGCCAAAUCUUGUCUCCCUUGAUCUAAGCUUUAACAACUUCACGGAUCUGCUGGGGCUGGUCUCCCAACUGUCCAGUUUGCAGAAGCUCCGUGUCCUGGUGCUCCAGGGGAACCCGCUGGCUCUCAUUCCUGCUUACAGAGGCUUCCUGGUGGACAGCCUGCCCAAGCUCUGCAUCCUCGAUGAUAUCCGCAUAGGGCCUCAGGAGAGGCACCAGUUCCACGCUCUGGCGAGGCAGCCAGAGCUGAUCAGGAGGAGCGAAGCACGAGUGGUUGUGAGUGUUGGGGAAAUCAAGGGAGUCCCCGAUCCCAGAGCUCUUCAGCAGCUGGAGGUUGGCUCUCAGGCUCCGGUGAUCACCUACAGCUACUGUGUGACGUAUGAGUUUGUGGAGGGAGAGGAGAUCAAGGACGGUAGCAGCACUGAGGUAACAGAAAUCCAUCAGGAUCCCGUGGUGGCCGCCCUGGAUGUGGACAGAUCUGCUCAGGACGUGAGAGAAACAAAGGGCCAGCAGGAGCCUGCAGCCAUGGAGGAGCCCAAGGCUCACUCUGCAAAGGUGUUUGUCACCCCCACGAAGCCCUGGGCAGACACCAUCGACUGCAGCUACAGGAGGGAGCACACUGCCAAGGACUUAGUGGGGCUGAAGUCCUACCUGAUGUCUGGAACAACCAUCUCGGUCGUGGAAGAGAAGGUGCUCUCCUGGCCUGUCGGUGCUGGUCCAGAAGAAAAUAGAGUCAUGAAGGACAAGGCAAGACAGAGGCUGCAGAAGGAUGGUGCCAAGGUUCCUGUACCCAGGGUCAAGCAGAAAAAGGAGAAGCCACGUGAACUCCGCAGUGACCCUCCCAUUCGGAGGACGCUGGGCACCGGGAGGGUGGCCCUGGAGGCCUUGCUGGCCACUGAGGACCUGGUGGCAACUGUGUGUGACUUUGGGGUCCUGAUCACUGAGCAGCCUCUGCAGCCACCAAGCCUGGAGGAGACGUGACAGACCCCAGAUGGUGGUGGCUGUCACAGGACUGAAUGCAGACAGUGUAUUUCAACACGCUGUGGAAACAUCCCUCUCCACAGGACAGGAAAGAAG